AUGGAUGCAUCAGGUCAAAUGCGUGGUUGGUUUAAAUUGAUCGAAACAAUUCGUAAAACAGAUCCGCCAUCAAAUGAAAUACUUAAAACAUCACCGAACAGUACUAUAAUAAAUACAAAUGGACACUUACCAAAAUCUCCUGAAACAAUUCAUAUGGAUAGUUUUCUACCAGAAUCACCAGAUCUUAUUUCCUCUCCUCCUCAAAUUACUUUAGCAUCAACACCAAUACAAUCAUUCGAUGAUACACCUGAAAUUCAUCCUGAACCAACACCGAAAUCAACAGCUUCAAAACGUUCAUCAACUCGUCAUAAAAAGAUAACAAUUCGUAAAUCAACUAGAUCUAAAGAAUUCUCUUCAAUUACUAAUACAUCCGAUGAUUCUAUUAUACAUCAACGAACACGACAAUCUGCUGAUACAUCAUUAAAUAUUUCGAUUAUUCCAUUGGCAACUGAUCUUCAAUCUUUACCUGGACAUAUUCAAAAUGAAUUACGUGAUCAACGUUUUGUUGAUUAUUCUGAUAUUGAUACAUUAUCGAUGCAUUUAAAUACAUGUUUAUAUAUUGAUAAAAAAUCUUUUUCAUUAUCAUCGUUAACUAGACAACAUAUAUUUAAAACACGUCAUAAUAUAUUAAAUAAAAUCUUUAAAUUAGAUCAUAUGAAAGCUUCACAAAAAACUUCUUCGAAGAAAAAUGAAGAAACACUAAACGGAAAUAAUUCAUCAUCAUCAAUGUCAUUUAAAACCGAUUGGUCAGUUAAUCGUCGUAGUUCAUCAUCACAUCGACAUGAACCAAAAAAUAUUUUUCAUAUUCUACAAUUAAAUCCGACAAAACAAAUAUUUUUAACAACAAAUAAAGAUUUUAGAAAAAAUUUAACAAUUGAAGAACAACAAAAUAUUCAUUAUGAACAAAUGAAAAGUCUUUUAAUACGGACAUAUUAUCCACAUUUUCAUACAGCUAUUCAACGUGGUCAAUAUUUUGGUUCAAAAUCAAAUAUUUUAGUAAAACAUCAUGAUGUACCAAUUAUUAUUAAUCCACAAUCACCUACAGAUAUUGAUGAAACAAUGACAAUUAAACUUAAUUCACCAUUACCUAUUCCUCAACAAGAAUCACGAAGACGUGGACGGAAACGAAAACAUAAGAAAGAGAAAGAGAAAGAUAAACCAUUACCAUUAGCAUUUACACAACGUCGUGUAAGUGAAGAAAUUCCACCAGUUGUUAUUUUAAAAUCACCACCACUACCGCCACCGCCAUCAAUAGAAAAAGAAGUGGAUGAUAAUAUGAAUAAUCGAAAACGUAAAACAUCAAUGACAAUGAAUUUAAAUAUAAGUGAAACAAAGAAAAAGAAGAAAAUUAUACAACCAUUAUCACCAGAAAUUCUUAUCAAUGACUAUCAAGAUGUUUCAUAUUCGGACAGUGAUGAUGAUAUAUUACCUGAUGAAUUACCAAAACAAACUUAUAUUAAGAAUGGCCUUCGUUCAAAUUAUUAUAAAACUACAAGUGAUAUUGAUAUCAAAUCUAACAGUAAUAAAAACCGUCUUUUACGUCAACGACGACAGUCUUUAGGUGCAUUACCAUCAUUCUAUACUGGUAUAUUUCAUUCCGAAGAUGAUAAAUUAUCUAUUAUUAACUAUCAACUUCCAUAUGAUAUUUAUUGGUUUAGUCAAAAACAAGGAAAUACAAUUCUAUCACCUUCAAAACCUAUUAAUCAAAAUAAGAAGAAAAAAUCCAGUGAAUCAAAACAAAAACAACCAGUACCUAUUAAAAGAAUUAUAAAUAAUAAUUAUAUAGAUCCAUCUGUUCAAUCAAAUAUUUUAUCUUCUAAUAAAAAACAUAUUAAUAAAGAUUUAAUAAAAAUGGAAGAAUUAACUACUGAAGAAAAACAAAUUAUUUUACAAACAUCUAUUUUUCUAAAACGUAAUCUUCAACGAAUAAAAGACCAAAAAGACUUAAAAGAUAAAAAUAAUAAUCAACAAAAACAACAAAUAGAUGAACAAUUACCAUCAUUAUUUUUUCCACAAAAUUAUUAUCAUUCAAAUACAAUAAACAAAACAGAUGAUUUAAAUGAAAACUUAAAUAUAUCUCAUAAAGAUCUACUAAAUUUAUUUUACAAUUAUAUUCGUCGAUCACAUUUUGGUAAAACUCGUCAAUGUUCUGUUGAAUUAAUUGAUAAAACAUGUUAUUAUGCUCAAUUAGCACAAUUAACAUUAAUUUUAAAUGAAAUAUUUGAUUUAUUAUUAAAUUAUAAAUGUCCAAAUAGUGAUAUUUAUCCAACAAAUGCUUUAAAAAAAUGUCCAUUAAAACGUUUAUUUCCAAUGUAUUAUGAAAUUAUAUCAAAACCAAUUGAUUUAACAAUAAUACGUAAUAAAUUAGAUAAUGGAGAUUAUUUUUCAUAUAAUUCAUUUGAACAAGAUUUAUUAUUGUUAUUUACAAAUGCUAUUACUUAUUGUGGUGAAGAUUCUGAUGUUGGACGUGCUGUAAAAGAUUUACAAAUCUAUUUUCUUGAUAUUUUAAAAAUUGAAUAUCAAUCAACAAUUGAUUUAUUUAAUAAUAUGAAUGAAGAAAAUAAAAAUGAAAGAAAUUUAAAUAUUUUAAAAGAUUUUAUAACACGUUUACACGAGAAAGAAGUUCUCAAUGGGCAAUGUAGAGAAAUUCUUUAUGAUGCUAUUUUUACUAUAGAUAAUUCUUUAUCAAUAACAAUUCCAACAAAUACACAUCAAACACCAAAAAAUACUUUAAUCAAUAAGUUCAUCAUACAUUGUCGAUGUGGUUCUUUUUAUGAUGAAACUGCACUUGUACAAUGUUAUGCUUGUCAUCUAUGGCAACAUAUUUCAUGUGUAACAAUAACUGAUACAUCUCGGCCUUAUUUUUGUUUUGAAUGUCAUCCUUUAUGCGAACAAAAUCCUUCAGAUUGUUUAAAAACAAAUGUUUGUAUUUUGGAAAAUAGUCAAUCUUCUUAUUUAGCUAUAACACGGUCAGAUGGUUUUAUAAUUCGUAUAAAUGAAUGUUAUUUUGUAUCAAAACAAGAAGAAAAUCCAACAUCAUCAUCAUCACAAUAUGAUAUAUUUUUUAUUGAACGACUUUGGAUGGAUGAAAAUAAUAUCGGCAAAGCAUCUGGAUUUUAUUAUUUACGUCCAUAUGAAACAUUUCAUGAGGUUACUCGAAAAUUUUAUUCAAAUGAAGUCUUUCGUUUUCCAUCAACAAAUGAUUCAAUUGAAAUCAAAACAAUUAUUCGUCCAUGUUAUGUAUUAGAUACGAGCACAUUCUGUAAAGGAAAACCAAUAUGUGAAUAUAGUAGCCGAAUAUUAUCAACGGAUUUAUUUAUAUGUGAAUAUCGUGUAGAUAAAUUAGCAAGAACAUUUACACGUUUACCAAAAACAAAACAUAUUGGAAUUAAUACAAAAUCUUAUUGUUUUGAUAAUUAUAUUGAAAAACUUUCAAUCAAAAGAGAUUAUCAGCCUCAUCAAAAAGAAUAUUAUAAUCAACAACAAACUUCUCGUCGACGUUCUACAACUCAUCCAACUAAAUUAACAAUGAAACAAUUAGAAGAAAAAUCCUCUCAUAUUGAUGGUCUUAUCGAAAAAAUUUAUUGUCGUUUUCAUCAUCCAGAUUUAAUUCCAACUGAAGCGAAAUUUUCACCUAAUCAUUUUGUUCAACAAACAACAAUCAAAGAAGAUAUUAAUCGUGGUAGUAAACGUUUACGAAAUCGAAAUCUUUCAUCAUCAAAUAUAGUCAAUAAAAAGUGUCGAACAAGAUCUGUAUCAUCAAAUGAUAAUCAUACUGAAGCUAUAUCAGAUAAUAAUAAUCAUCAAGUUGUCUUAUCAAUACUAGAUGAAUUAAUUGAAUCUAUAUCAUCUCAUAUUGUCUAG